UAUGUUAUCGCUCUAAAUGAAGUGCACAUUUAAUACUUUGCGUGUGCCGGGUGUACAUAUCAAGGCAUUAUUAUGUUCAGUGUUGGCUGUUAAUGCUUAUAAAUUGAAUUGUAUGUCAAUGGAAAAAACAAAAAGGAUACCUGCUACAUUACAGAUACAACAAUACGUGCUCUUCCCAUGGAUAAUAUGCACAGGUGCAUACUACUAUUGAUAUUUAAAGUGUGUUUAUAUGAACGCAUUGUUUUAUUGUGAAUAAGCAAGGCAUUUAUUGGUUCUACAAAAUGAAUUCUUCAUAUGCUUACCGAAGCCCUGUUUUUCGCCGAUCAAUUUCAUGCGACAGUUCAGUAGAAACAGUCAACAUAGAGCUGCUCCGUCCAACACUUCGGCUUUGGCCGCCGGUAACAGUACAUUAACUGGAUCCGAUACGCAGGAAAAAAUCGAAUACAGCAUCAACGUUAAGAGAAGUUCGUGUCAAGGAGUAUACUGCAGGCAGUGCAAAUUGACUAUAAAUGCGUCUGUUAAACCAGUAAAACAUCAUGAAGGUAAUGAUUGCCAGCGCUAUUAUUCCCAUACAGGUUAUCGUGACUGUGCCGCUAAUUCUGGCUUAGGUUGCAUCGGCCAGUGUAUGGACUGCAACGGCACGUGUAGGAACUACAGCAGCGUGGUUCAAUAUCUGGGCAAACAAUCGCCUUGCACAGAAGAUAUAGAAACAAUUAAGUGUUGCACGUUGCUGCAUAUGCGUCCGGAUAAUUACUGUCGCAACGGCGGGAACUUAUCUUGCGAAGGUGAUAUGAACGAACCAAAAUGCACGUGUCCGGUGGGAUGGACCGGAGAAACUUGUGAGACUCGAAAGUUUGAAAAUGUGACCUGUAAAUGCUUCAAGACCGAAAUCACGUGGAACUCUUUCUGUGGCGAAAAUGAUGUGUACAACUGUACCGACGACGACAGGCCGGAAAACUGGACAGAGUGCCGACAUACCAUUGAGAGGGUGACGUUCAGUCGAUGUGUUUGUGAAAAGUCUGAAGUACACCACUCUACGACAUCCUUACAGGAAUGUGACAAGGAGGAGAUUUCUGUCCAGAACCAAGAGGCUUUAAUCCAAUCAAAAAUUACAUCUUUCACUCCUUCUUUGUCUUCAAAUGGAGCUGCAAUGGUCUCGAGGAGUGCAGCCAUCACAUUAACCUUUCCAUUAAUACUAAUAUACAGUAUACUGUUUCAAGCCAACCAUUAUAUCUGAAAACGGCAUGUUACCACAGAGGGCUGGAACGGUGUGGGGAUAGAACUUUUUUGAAUUUGAAUUUGAAGAACUUGAACACUCAAAAAUUGACAUUUUUGAUCACUCGGUGUAGAAGUCGCAACACAGCGAACACCAACACCGUAGGAUUGUAAAAACGACUUGACAAAAUGAUGUCGCUCACCGCGUGAAUUGAAAGCAUGUAAGACAAGUGAACACGCUCUACUUGUGAUAUUGCGAAACGAUAUGUAGAAACAUCGUGCUGUGCUCGGCGUGUUUAUUGCGAAACGAUAUGUAGAAACAUCGUGCUGUGCUCGGCGUGUUUAUUGCGAAACGAUAUGUAGAAACAUCGUGCUGUGCUC